AUGGUCGCUCCCACAGACCAGUCCUCCGCCAUUUGCAAUAAGGCGAUCCGAAAGUAUUACGAAAUCACCGGGGAGACUCUUGCGGUCGACUUCCUCACAAAUAUUCGAAGUGUCAGUGAUCUCACGAAAGAAAUUGACGAGAAGAACAUCGCUUUCCGAGAGUUCCGCGAAAAACGAGAGGCUAUCUUCGAUGUUCUCGAAGCGGCCCUAAUUCCCGUGCAGUUGUUCAGCAACCUCGCGGUUGGGGAAGCGGCGUCGAUGGUAUUUCCACCUAGUAGUCUCAUCUUUGGAGCCGUGAUGCAUUUGGUUGGUGCUGCAAAGGGAGUAUCGACCUCGUAUGAUGCGAUUGAAGACUUGAUGCAGAUGCUGCAGGAUUUCACCGUCCGACUGAGUACAUACACACAAGAAGCCAUUUCUGAGGCUCUAAGCGACAAGCUGAGCGAUAUCAUUGUUACCCUGAUCGAGAUUUUUGCCCUGUCAUCCAAGACGAUCCGACGGGGCCGACUACUUAAGUACGCCCGGAAUAUUCUAUUGGGUAACGAUGAUGCCAUUGGAGCCGCGAUGGUCAGACUUGAUAAGCUCACCCAGGUCGAGGCCAAGCUAGUUGGAGCUGAGACCUUGACCGAGUCGAAGAGAGCCGGCCGUGUAGUGGAUGGUAUAUCUAUGACCAUCAACGCCACCAAUGCGAAAGUUCUGGAAACUGGGAUGACGGUCAACCAGACGAGUGCACAGAUAUUUGAAGUGCAGGGGAUGCUAGAGAAGUUGAUAGCCUCCUCGAACGAGGAAAAGCAGGAUACCGGCGAGGAUCAAGAAGUCCUGCAAACGCUCAUUAAGCACGUUCUUAGGCCAUCCAUGGUUGAUUCAGCGCAAGAAUGGUUCGAUAAGAUCCACAAGGCGCGUUUACCGGGCACAGGAGAUUGGGUUCACACGAAUGAUGUCUUCCAAUCCUGGAUCAAUAAGGAAACUCCGGUCAUUUUCAUGUCAGGAAAUCCGGGUUCGGGCAAGUCGUUUUUGGCGGCAAACAUGAUCAAUUUCCUUCUUGAGCGGUUUCCCCCUGGCCUUCAGCGCAACCCGUUGGUCUCCAUCGGCUACUUCUUCUUCAAGGACGACAAACCCCAGACAAGGUCCUGUCAUCAGGCUUUACGAGACCUGGCUUUUCAAAUCAGCAAGAAUGAGCCAGGGUACCGAAAUUAUCUUCGGUCUAUCGAGGAAUAUGAGCAGAUUAGCACUCUUGAAAGCGCGUGGCGUCUCCUUUUCGUUGAAUACUUUUUGAAGAAACCCAAUAUUGAGAGCACCGUAUAUCUUCUGCUAGAUGCAGUGGACGAAACUCUGGAUGAGGAGCGGGGGAUCUUCAUCGAUCUUGCAAAGCAGUUGUAUAGCAGCCAGUCGUGCUUGCAGCUAGCCAUCGUUGGCCGACCUUAUAUUAGUGACCAAUUGCUCGAAGGCUUGGAGGCUAAGGUUCCAACCAUUCAUGUCACCAAACAGAAGAACUCUGGCGAUAUUACUCGGUAUAUCCACUCCAGCAUCAGAAGAUCCCUAGUUUUGCGAAGGGUCUCGACAAAUCUACGAAAUGAGAUAAUCGAUAAACUGUCGGCUGGGGCGGAAGGCAUGUUUCUUUGGGUGAACCUCAUGCUACAAGAGUUAGCUAAGAAGCGAAAUGAGACCAGUAUGCGGAAAGCACUGGAGCAGGCUCCUCGGGGGCUUAAGGAGAUGCUCCGACAUGUCUUGGCCACAUUCUCUGAGAGAUCUCACGAGGAGGAGCUCGAGUAUCUCAAUGAAACCUUGCUCUGGGUUACCUGCGCGGACCAACCGUGGACACUGGCCGAUUUAGAGGCAAUCCUCAGAUUGAGAUCACCCGAAGGGGAUGGCAUGAUUGACCUCGAAGGAGCCCUACGGCGCCAGUGGGCGUCAUUCUUCACCCUGGACCGAGAGGAUGGCCUUACCACUGCCGAACUAGAGAAUGGCUCAGCAAAUAUGGACGUGUUCGACUGGGACGGCAACCAGGAAAAGCAGGAUGCAUAUGAUAGCUCCUACGACGACUAUUUCGUGGACUUCAACUCAAAAAAGCGUACAACUACUGUCACCUUCUGUCACGCAUCCAUUGGCGACUUCCUCCGCGAUGAGUCGGAGGGCAAGGUGUGUGCUACAGGGGACCGCAUUGGUGUCGGUGUAAACUACCACGAAGCCAAAGCUCAUAUCCUCAAGACCUACUUAAGGCUAAUCACCAAUGCCGACUUUGCAACAAAGGCCAAUAAUUCAUACACGCUCGAACAUACUGCACGGAAUUGGUGCGAUCACCUGCUCACGACUAUCCCGUCCAAGUGUUCGCCAGAAAAUAGACGAGAAGUUAUGAAAAUGGUAUUGAUAGCUUUUCGAUCGGAAGAAUCAAUAUCCCGCUGGAUUUGGGGGAAUGUAUUGGCUCUUUCUACAGCUACCAUUAAAGCCGUUCGUCAAUGGUGGCAAGAUCAAGACGUCCGCGAGUUUCUAUCUCUGGAAGAGAAGGAAUUUAUCUCAACAACGGAGGGGAAUCCAGUUAAUUUAUUCAAACCAGUGGCAAUGUUCUGCGUCAAGGCCUGGCUGCGGGAAGACCUGGCUAGUCCUGGUCUCAUGGCCUCUAUAGUCUGGCGGUACCAAAUGUUGGUCAAGGGCGAGGAGGUCCAUGAUGAAUGUAGGAAUAUAACGGUGGCAGAACUGAUUGAGGCCGCUGAGUUUGGUGGCCCCGAGAAGACCAGCCAGUGGUUUCAACAAUGCGCAAUCGCUCUGCGUGAGUCGGGGUACCAAUCGGAGUCCCUGCGUUAUUUCAACAAGGCAAUGGAACUCAAUGCGGAUAAUUGGCGGAUCCUGUGGGAGCUAGCACAAACAUAUCAUUGGGAAAAUGAUUGGCAGAAAUCCAUUGAGCUGUCGGAACGGGCACGACUAAGUUUGUUGACCACAAUUUCCGAGUCAUCAGAUGGCGGGCCACUGAAAGAACAUCUGCAUAGGUGCCUGGAGCAUAUGGGCCGGGUUUAUGAAGAACAAGAUGACCAGGAGAAACGAUUCGAGGUCAUCCAAGAGGCAUAUCAAUAUGCACCCUCUUGCUGGAAUUGUCUCGAGGCCCUUCUGCAAUACCAUAACGACAAUGGAGCCUACGAAGUCACCAUGGAAUUGUUGAAGAGGAUAGCAGAAGAACCGGCUCGCGAAGAAGAUUCCUCGGAAUUAACUCAAUUCUUCCUAGGCAGCGUAUUUGGUGUGGACAGGAAGGCCAGGCUUGCUGCCGAUGCCGCAUUGGCCACCGAUGAUCUUAACUUCGUAUUGGAGAGCCUGCAGACGACGGCCAAGGUAGCUCGAACAGAAUCGAGGACGUUGAUUGCUGCAGAGGUCGACAUGGCUAUCGCUCGAAUCUAUAAUGAAAUCCUUUUUGACCACCCGAAGGCAAUCAGGUGCUGGGAGAAUAUUAUGGAUACGUACUCUUCUUCUUCCCCCGGGAGCUUGAUAGGGACUAUUAGGCAGAUCGCCUGCUCAAAUCUGGCUCACACGUUUCUCUGUGACGCAGUCGAAGUUGGAGUCGACACACCAGAGGCAGAAGAAUCUGUGGCCAGACUUGAGCAGCUCGCUCAUGAAAGCCAGAAUUAUCUCUCAGAAAGCUGCGCAUUCGUGCCAGACGUAUACUUGGGCAUCUACUACCGCCUCCGAGGGCAAGCCGAGCGGGCGAAGGCUCUCUUCCGACCCUCCCUACAACGAAGCGUUCAAAUCCUGCGCGAUGAUAAUCCUACGAACGAUAGUCUUUCCGCCCUACGCUAUACUCUGAUGAGAGCGGGAGACUUUGAAAAUGCUGUUUCAAUUGCCUACAUGUCGGAACAGGACGGCAGCGACUCUUGGUAUAUGUGUCGCGGCCCAUGCCGGCGAAAGGUACCUACUCGGAAUGGGUUUUCUAUCUGCCUCAUCUGUUUGGAAGAAUUGUGUUCGAACUGCGUGAAACUAAAGGAGGGCACUCCCAAGAAGAGAUGUAAUUCUCAGCAUGUUGAGUACUUUAUCUCCAUUCCCCCGCAGAUAGAAAAUAUUUCCGGCGGCAGCAUGCUGGUGGACGACAAGGUGAUGGAGUUUAAGACGUGGUUGAAUCGGUUGAAGAAAGAAUGGGCUCUUGGUGAUUGCAAACCCGAUUGCACUGAAGCCCCCCAUUUGGAUAUCGGUGACUUUCUAGCAGCCUGUGUAGAGUAUUUCUAG